AUGGCUGGUAGGUGCGACUUCAAGGCUUUGUGGGAAUUCCACAUUAGGUUACUUAGGCGCAACAGUGCGGACUGCCUAUGUCAGACUUCUCGGGGGUUGCCAUCCCUCUCUUCUUUUGGCAGCUCACUUUCUUUCAGUGAGCAGGAAGUCGUUAACUCGAAACCCUGGCCUUCCCGGAGUAUCUUAACUGCUGUGGGUUCCACUUUACAGUAUGGCUCCAGCCUAGUGGGACGACUUUUUAGACGUCAACCAAGUCAAGUGACUGAGGAAAGCCAGCCACCUAAACCUAGCUUACGCAUUCUUAAAACAAAGUACAGGGGUCCGCUACGAAGGACAAACCCCUUGAAUUUUUCUCUUUUUGCCAGUUUUUUGGAUGAACUUGGCACUAUAAAAAAUUCUCGUAAGUUGAAAUUCUUUAUUUUUGCAGGAGGCAUUGAACCAGAACUUCGAAUAACUUUGUGGCAAUACUUGCUAGGUAUCUUCCCUUGGCCAAGUACCCAGGUUGAAAGAGAACAAAUUGAAAAGGAUAAUUUAUCUCUUUACGAAACGUUAAGAUAUCGCGCACAGCUUCUUAUUUUAGAAAAUAAAGAAAAAGUGGAUGUAAUUGAAAAGGAUGUGAUUCGUUGUGACCGGUGCAAUGAAUUUUUUGCAGGAGAAAAUAACGUUAAUGUAGAUAAGGCACGAAAGAUUCUUCUUACCUAUUUUCUAGUACUCCGCCAAGAUGUCUCUUAUACCCAAGGUUUGACCGACUAUGUCUCAAUAAUGCUUUUAGCCACAAAGGGAGAUGAGGCUACAUCCUUUUGGCUUUUUUUUUUCUUAUUAAAAUUUAUGGGUGUAUUUUUCUUUGAAUCUAGUGAAAAUCAAAUGAACAGACAGUUUAAUUAUUUAAUUCAGCUUAUUAAAGAUUAUGACCCCGAGGUAUUUGAUAGCCUUCAGAAAAAGGGCGCUCAAGAUAUAAUUUUUGUUUACAGAUGGUUGCUUCUAAAUUUUAAAAGAGAAUUUACUCUUUAUGAAGCUCUUAUUAUCUUCGAGGUUAUCUGGUCCAUGCCAACUGAAGAUUAUGUGAGUUCCAAGUUGGAUCUCGGGCCUAAUCCAUACAGCCUAUUUAUUGCUCUUGCCAUCGUCAAGAUCCAUCGAGAUGCUAUUAUCGAACUGGACAGCUCGAUUGAAGUUAUUAUGUACAUGAAUAAUUUAUUAGGGAGUUUAGACGUCAACGAUGUUUUAUGUCAAAGUGAAGAGCUUUUUUGGAAUUAUGUACGAGGGGAAAUCCCCGAAAAAAGGGCAAUAUUUUAAGCCUUCCUCAUAUAUUUCUAAAUCCGUAUUAAGAAA